GGUGAUGUGAUUGUCUCAGAUUGAUAAUAGAUUAUCAUAGUGUCCUUUUACCCACUUCAUAACCUUCCAAGUAGCAUCCAUUCUUCGGCUCUAAUGCAACCUUCUGCCUUUAAAAGACAGCACGAUUUAACACCAACACUUUUCUCUGAUAGUGGGUAACCAGAACACAUGUCAACAGUCCAACGUUUACAGUAGAAUAGUUUUAUUGUGUGUGUGUGUGUGUGUGUGUGUGUGUGUGUGUGUGUGUGUGUGUGUGUGUGCGUGUUGGUGGUUAAUGGUUGAUAAAAACCCUUAGAAAUAAACAGUAUUUACCACGUCUCAGCUACAACACCCUUUCACCACAAGAGGACACUCAUACUACAGUAUGUCUAAAGCUCUGUCGCUUUCAAAUAUAGUGAUUUUUUUAUUAGAAUUUUUGUAAAGCAGUAUAUUUUUCACACAGUGUGCGUGUUGUGCAAAUUUUAUAUGCGUCGACUGAAAUGAAAAAAGAGGUAACAGUAGUAGGGAUUUUUUUUGUUCUUUGAUUGGUCUAGACGUUUCUCUUCACUAAGGUUAUCUAUGUCACUUUCUAAGAAAUUAGGAAUCGUCCUCCAUGAAACCGUAUUAAUUUUAGCCAGUUUUCUGGCUGUGCACUAUGCACCUUGUCUCUGUUGUUCUUGCGCUCUGUGUUUGAUGGUGUGUGGUCACCUGUGCACCUGUUGGGUGGAGCUGGGGAAGAUCCUUAGCUAAUGUAUACAGAUGUGCUGGAAACAUUUACUACACAUGGUUUAGUUGUUUUUUAACACGAAGGACAAAUGGAGUCAUGUUGUCUAAACGCGACAUUGUUUGUGUAUUAAUGUUUUUUGAAAAGAAGGAAUUCAUGAAACCGGAUGGUUUGUAUUGAGUACUUUGAAUACUGCUGAUCUGCACACCCUGCCUCUGCAGCUGCCUCUACAUCUGCCUCUACAACUCUCUGACACUGCGUCGUUCUUUUCAGGUCGUCGAUUUCUAACUUUUUCUAAUGGAUCGUUUAAAAGUUGUUUUGCAAUAUUUCCAGUCUAAUUCCGAGUCCAUUUCCAAUGGUAUAUGCGUGGUGCUGGCGCUUGUGAGCGUAAAACUGUACACGAGCUUUGAUUUUAACUGCCCUUGUCUGCCGCAGUACAAUAAAAUGUACGCACUCGGUGUGAUGUUUGUUCCGCCGAUUAUUCUCUUCUUCCUCGGAAUUUUGGUUAAUCGACAUACCGGAGUGAUGAUGGAGGAAUGGGCCAGACCCACAGGCAAGAGGACCAAAAAUCCAGCUGUUGUGAAGUAUUUGUUUUCAGCUAUGAUGCAGAGAGCCAUGUUAGCUCCCAUGGUGUGGAUCCUUGUAUCUUUACUGGAUGGGAAGUGUUUCAUUUGUGCCUUCAGCAUGAGUGUGGACCCGAAACACUUCAGUGGGUUCCCCAAUGACACUGGCAUGGAUCUGAUCAGGAUAAUGGCUAAGGUGCCCUGCAAGGAAGACAGCAUCUUCAAAGACAGCACUUUCCGGAAAGCCGUCUCACGCUAUGUGCGCUGUUACUCUCAAGCAAUAGGUUGGUCCAUCCUUCUUUGCCUCAUUUUUCUGGGUGCAGUGGCUCGAGUGAUGAAACCAUGCUUCAAUCAUGCUGUCUUCCUUCAAACACGCUACUGGAGUAAUUACUUGGACGUUGAAGCUAAGCUUUUUGAUGAGACUUGUGUACAUCAUGCCAGAGAGUUUGCCAAAAAAUGUGUAGUACAUUUCUUCAAGGAUAUUGGGGAUGAUGAGGUUCUCAGAAUGCCACUCUCCCCCAACUUCAGCUUUAAUAAAAGUGACAAAGAGGCUGAGGGAGAUGAGCUUCUCCAUGGUGUGACUAGGAAAGAUCAGGUGGAUCACUUGCUCCAAACUUGGUUCCAGUGCAGACCUGAGCUGGAUGUGACCAAGAUGGUGUAUAGGCCCACGAAAUGUAUUACUUGGGAAGAUCCUUAUGGACAAAUACUUUACUCAGAUGUGUGAAAUGACAGUAAAAUAAUAUACUGUUGCAUAUAUUUGAUGGCUUAAAUGUAAGAUAUGACGCUUACAAGACUGAAAAGAUGUAAAUAUUACACAACCAGCUGUAUUAGAUUUUAAAUUAAUUUAGCUCUUAAUUUGUGUUCUUGUUAUAAGGGAAAUUGUACAGUCAUAAAAGACAACCAAGGACCUGUAAAACCUUUAUGUUUAUUUGAAAUAAGUAAAAACAUAAUAUUUAUUAUAAAGAUAUUACAUACCAUUACAGAUAUGUAAUUUUCUGCAUCUGACCAUUUUCUGACAAUUGUGUGUAUUGGAAGGUUUGCACCAGACUUUGAAGCGAAGUUAGAAACCUUGCAUGGUGAGAUUUGAAUGUUCCAGGACUGGAUUUGUUUAGUUUUGCAUGGCUCUCCCACACACAUUACUCAGCAGUAAAAUGUAUAUGAAUAUGAUGCAAAUGUAGUAGAGAUUUAUAUGUCAGUAAAUCCAAUAAAGAGAUUUUAACUUUUA